GCGGCACACCGAGAGCGGGCUCAGUCAUAAAAGCCACCCGCAAGCGAAGCCAUCGUGCCCGCAAUCCGCAGACCGCAAUCCGCUCUUAAAAAUCCGUACGGAAAAGUUUCCAGCCUGCUUACUGGAGUUUAGUGAACGCCAAAGGAACCCGACAACAUGCAAAUAAGCCAUCUGCUGCUAGCCACCCUCCUGGUCUUCGGCCUGAUCCUGGCCCAGACCGAGUCCCGCCGCCUGAUCUUCUACAGCCCCCGCAGCCGUCCCCUCACCAGCCAGCUGCUCGUCUCCCGGAAGAUGCCCCGGCCCUGUCCGGCCGGCAAGAUGCGGGACCACCGGGAUCGGUGUCGCCGGGCCGUGAUCUUCGGCCGCAGCAACUGAGCCACCACUGGGAACCAUUCGCCCCACAAUCUCCGCCUACAAUUACACACUUUUUUUUGUUAGUCGUAAGCUAAUUUAUUUUAACACUAGUGCGUCACAAUGUGACGGCCCAGUAUUUAUUACACUAUUUAUUUUUAACCGCUAACAAUGAUAAGUAAUAAACUAAUGUGUCCGUAAAGUUCGAAACCGAAA